AUGGACCAUAAUACAAUAGAAUCCAAUACCUUCCCAGCAGGACUCCUCGGCACCUACUACUCCACCCGUCACGAACUAGGUCUCUACCGCUCCUGCGCCGUAACAUCCCACUACAUCUUCACACCCCGCACUCCCCAUCCCACCGCCGAACUAACCUCCCGCCUCCAACACGCCCUGCACAAAACCAUAAAAACCCACCCCUCACUCUGCCACGGACUUCUCCCGCGCUCAAAAUCCCCCAAUCUCCCCGCCCGCUUCAAACGACUCUCUCAAAUUUCCUGGGACGAUCUCGUAUCCAUUUCCUCUCUCACCACAAGCAGCGAUGCCGCAUCCCCGGAAAAACGUCUUUGCGAAGAAUUAGGAGUCGCCCACGAAAUGCUUUUCCGCGACCAGGAAACUACACCCGCGUGGAAACUUCGGGUUUUCGUGCACGAGGUGGAAGAUCAGACGUACAAGGUCUACAUACUUUUUGUAGUGAAUCAUGCUAUUGCCGAUGGAUUAAGCUGUGCUGCUUUUCAGCGGACAUUGCAUGAGCAGUUAUCACUGGCGACCGUAGAAAUUGUUGAGAAAAGUGACGUGCAGUGGCCAUACAUAGUCCCAGACACUAUAGGAAAGCCAAUAGCCAUCGAAGAUGCUAUGGAGAUCAGUCCUCCCGGAUACGAGUCCCUCGCACCCAACACAGCAGCUCUGACUCUCACAGACCAGAAAGAAGAAGAAAUGUGGACAGGAAACUUCCCCAACAUGCCCACCCUCGAAUCCUACAAAUCUCUCGUCCUCCUCGUAACCAUUCCCCCAGAAAAAGUCCCCCAAAUAUUACAAAUAAGUCGCCGACUAAAAAUCACCGUCACGGGUUAUCUACACGGUUUAAUCACCCGCUAUCUUGCGCGCACAGCAAUUACCAAUAACCAACUUGGUCUGAAAGCAUGCACUCCAUACUCGCUACGGAAGUUUAGCAAGCUCCCACUGAGUGAGAUAGCAAACCACGUAGCCUAUAUGACCACAACGUGGGAUGCGGAACUCUUAAACGAAAUCCGUCAUGCGGAGGAAGAAUCUCCAGAAGAGGAGUCAUUGAUUGCCACGAUAGGAAGACAGAUAACCCAUGAGAUCUCCACCCAUCUGAGCAGAAUCGAAGCCGGAGGCGGAGUCCCACAAUUGAGAAAGGUUGCGAAGAUUCCCGAUUUGGAAUCUUACUGCCGCGAGGGAAUGUCAGCAGAGCGGUCGGAAAGUUACGAGCUAUCUAACCUUGGUGUGGUGAGGAUGAAGAGGGUCCCGGAAGAAAAUCCUUUAAAACUCAAUGGACUUGUAUUUUCCCAGUGUGGCAUGGUGUUUGGUGCGCCGAUUGGAUGUAAUGUUGUGAAUCUUGAAGGGGGACCAUUGGUCAUUAGUUUAACGUGGCAGAAAGGUGGCGUGGAGAGUAAAGUGAUGGAAGGACUGCAGAGAUUUUUGAAGAAGAGAUUAGGAGCUUAA